ACGAAAUAAGAAACGCUGCUGCUAUGGGGACCGCACGGUUAGGGAUGGCAAUUCUCUCUGUUCCCUGCGAGGUCUCACGAGGAUCCCCGCCACGGGGAUGGGGCAGGGACGGGGAUCAUUUUCUCCCCCUUCACACAUCUCUCACGUCUAUCUCACCUUCAGUUUCCCUGCUGUUGCUGCUGCUGCUGCUGCUGCCACCGGAGUCAUCUGCUGUUGUUGCCGAACCAUCUGCUGUUGCUGCCGGACCAUAUGCUGCUGCCACCACCGGACUGAUCUGCUCUGCUGCUGCUGCCGGCUGCCACCACCGAACCCAUUUGUUGCUGAGCCAUCUACUACUGAUGCUGCUACUGCCACCGGAGCCUGCUGCUGUUGCUGUUGCUACUUCCACUAGGGCUUGUUGCUACUACCGCCACCGAGGCCUGCUGCUACUACCGCCACCGGAGCCUGCUGCUGCUGCUGCCGCCGCCGCCAAACAACCUAAGCCAUAUGCUUUGCUACUGUUGCCGGAGUUAUUUGAUGUUAAUUGGUGGGGAACGGGGAUCCCCGUAGGAAACGGAGACGGGGGUCAAAAUCUACCCCCCAUCAAAAAUCUCCGCGGGGAUCCCCGUCCCCGUCAUUCGCGGGGCUGGGGACCCCUUCCCCAUCCCCGUCCCCGCGGGGCUCCGUUGACAUCCCUACGCACAGUCCCUUAGGCCGUGAGAGGACCGAUGGUCCCUACAACUUUUGGUUUUUAUUUUUUAAAUCAUUAACAUUUUCAUUUUUUUAAAAGUUUUUAUUAAUUUUAAAUUUUAUAUUUUAGUUCUAAUUACUUUUUAUUCUCUACAGUAAACCUUAAAUAUUGAA